CCAGUUGGUAUCUAUCGCUGUGAUAUUCAAACUAAUGCUGUCUAUGAUGAUAGUGACAUCUCAGUGAGAGACACAGUCUAUAUGGGACUGUAUUAUCCCAGUGGAGGUGAUGUUAAAAUACCUGGAGGUAUGACAUAUGAUCCGAGCACAGAAACCCUCACCUGUAUCUCCACUGGUGGACCUGCUACCACUGUCACUUGGACCAGAGACUCCACCACUGUCACCCAAGGAGCCCAGACUGUCUUUAAUGACCCAGUG